ACGAACCUGAGCGUACAGUGAAGAUGGCUUCCAUGGCGUCACCGACUACUUGCUUGUACCACCACAAAUGCCGGAGAAAACUUGGUUCCUAUCCCCGUCUUAUACGAGCCUCGAUUCCAGAUAAUUCAGAUGACAAACAUCCCAAGCUAAUUAGUCGAAGAGAGAUCAUUCUUAGAAGCAGUGAAUUAGCUAUGAUCGGAGCUAUAUUCCAGCUCAGUGGGAAAAAACCAGAUUAUCUCGGAGUACAAAAGAACGAGAGAUUGGCUCUAUGUCCUGCCACUAAUAACUGUAUCUCCACUUCAGAGAAUAUCAGUGAUCGAGUGCAUUAUGCUCCACCAUGGAACUAUAAUGAAGGAAGGAAAACACCUGUGAGAAGAGAAGUUGCAAUGAAAGAGCUUCUUAAUGUGAUCAAGUCGGUGAAACCUGACAAAUUUACCCCUCGGAUUGUGGAAAAGAAGGAUGAUUAUGUUCACGUGGAAUAUGAAAGUCCAAUCUUAGGGUUGGUAGAUGAUGUUGAAUUCUUGUUUUCUCCUGGGAAGAACUCAACAGUGGAGUAUCGAUCUGCAUCCCGUAAAGGGAACUUCGACUUUGAUGUGAAUAGAAAGCGAAUCAAGGCAUUGCGACAAGAGCUGGAGAAGAAGGGGUGGGUAUCCGAGAACAGCUUCUGAUUAAGGACACAAAGGAGUUUCCAGAUUCUAAUCUUGUCUAAAUUUAACUUCGUAAUGCAAUGCCCUAUGUAAAAACAUUGCAAUAAAUGAGAGAAAUAGUGUUUGAACA